CCCAGUUUCUGUCAAAGUGCCGGUACGGUACGGAGGUGGUGUGUUGACUUGACGAGGCGAGGAAACGCCUAAGUUCUAACAAUGAAUUUCAGAGACGACGAAUUCGAAGAGGCCUGCCGUGAGUUAGAGAAUCCUGAAAUAAGCGAGUAUGAAUUUUUCGUUGAGUCUGCAGGUGUGCAGAUCUACAGAAAAUAUCGCGAGAAUUCUGGCCUGUACGAAUACAAAGUAUUUGGAACUUUGGAUGGAGUUGGACCAGAAGUUUGCUCUCAAGUUUAUACUGAUUUGGAGUAUCGUAAACAAUGGGAUGGAUACGUGAACAAGUUAGAGUGGUUCACAGAGGGCGACAAACAAGGCAUCUACUGGAGAGUGAACUUCCCAUUCCCCAUGUCAUCUAGAGAUUACGUGUUCAUUCGAGAAACUAGGGAGUUUGACAUUGACGGCCAGCAUAUAUGGGUGACUUUGGGCCGUAGUGCACCAUUUGAAUCGAAGCCCCCUAAGUCUGGAGUUAUCCGGGUGGAUGACUUUCUGCAGAGCAUGGUCAUUGCAGCCAAUGGGGACAGUGGCACGAAAGCAUUCAUGCAUUACUAUGAUGACCCAAAAGGAAUGAUUCCAACGUGGUUAAUCAACUGGGCUGCCAAGACGGGAAUUCCUGGUUUCAUAAAGACCAUGAGUGUGGCAUGCAAUGGCUACCCAGCUUACCUGGAGAAGACCAAGGCCAAAGAAGCUACUGGUAAAGAGACUAGCUAACCCCGCCACUGUAUAAUAGAAUAUAGCUAGUGGGCUUGUAAAAUAUGAAAAUUAUUGAAGUUGCUCUAAGUUAUAUACCACCUCAAGAACAAGGUAACAAGCACGGUUUGGGGUAUUACAGAGCAUUUAUUCUCGAUAGUAAUGACAGGAAACAAGAAUCCCCGGACAUGUAUCACUUUCUGAUAAUUUUUGUCUUCUUUUGUCCAUACUUUGGCAAAAUGCAACAUUUGGCUAACUUACCUCUGAUAUAAAAAUGGCACAGAAUGCAUUCAUGGAACUGCCUGUUUUUGGAUUGUUAAACCUAACCAAAGAAUUCACAUUAUUGUAUACCACUUCAAUAUUUUGAUUUCUUCCAACCUCGUGGACUGGUGUACUCAAUAGCAGCAUAUGGCUCAUGCAUGCAAGUAAUUUUUUUUCUAUUUUUAGAAGCAUCUAUGUUCAAGAGUUUGCAUUAAUAUUCUCAGAUUUUAGUCACAGUUACAUGAAGAAAACAAGAAAUGAAAUGAAAAAAAAUGCAGAUGGGAAGUUGGCAUUUUUAAUACAGGUUGUAGGGAAAAAGCCCCUAUCAUUGGACACAGAUUUUUAAUGUAACUUCCAUACAGCCAGCUUUCCAAAUGAAUUGCCAUCAUGUUAAAUUCAGUCACAUUGAUCAGGAUUCUUCCACUAAGGGAUAAGUUUUUCCUUACAAAUUAUAGGGCUAAUCAUGUCCAUGUCAUCCAGUGUGUGAUAAGACCAUACCCUUAUGCUAAUUCUGCUACUUGCAACUGGAAAAGUGACAAAGAGCCUGUAAUGGAUGAAAAGUCUGAUAAACUACGAGAUACGUCAAGGUUAAGAACCUAACAAUCAAAACUAAAACGUGCAUUUGACAAUGCCAAUGAAAUUGACUCAAAUAGUUUAUUAAAUGUUAUGUAAUUAUUCUGAAUCUGAUUUUUACUUUACAUAGUGAUAUUAAUGAUGUCAUGUUUUACACUUGGUGUAUUCUUAGUAUGGUUUUACUUGUAUAAAAUUAAGGAUUUGUGGUCACAUCUGCUGCAGAUACAUGUAUUUCAAAGCUUGAUACUUUAAGAAAAUACAUGUACACAGCUUAAGUAUUUUCUUUUCGGGGGGGGCUGGGGUCAUAACACCUUUUUGGUCUAUGCAAAUUAGAUGGCCUUUCUAUUCAGUACAUUCAUGUGUAAUUCUAUUGUACAUUGUCUACUGACCAGAAGUGGAAUACGGUCACAAAAAGGAGAACAAAAAGGAGAAAAUAGAAAAUAUUCCAUUGUUCCAAUUUGGCAAAUAAGUUUGUGUUGAAUAGGUUCACAAUUUCACUACUUAUUUUAUACCAGAGUAGCCUUUCAAUGGAUGCAAUCUAAGUAAAUGUAUUACUAUAUAUAAAAUGCUGUGCAUUUGUUAAUGGUCAACAAUUUUAGCUAAUUUUAGGGACCAUUUUCCAAGGUUUGGGUAUAGCUAGCAAUGGAAACGUUUUAAGGACUAUUUUAUCAUGGAAAUAUGUUGAUAUAAAAUUAAACCACGACUUAAAUCAUCGACUUGUGAAUAAAGAGAUGUGACACUGAACAAUGUACUCUAUGUACAGCUAUAGGUACUUUUCCCAGGCACAUUUUGUAAGAUACGGACCUUGUAUGCCAGUCUUAUGCAAAUUGAUAGAACUUUCAUCUGAUGUGAUCUUUCACAAAAAAGGUUGGAACAAGGCCUGGUACUGCAAUUAACACUACAUACUUCCACAUACUGAUAAAAUACAAAACAGACUGUA